CCAUAAAUCAUAUCUGCAGGCAGUGGUGAAGAACCCUGGGGGCAGCAUAGAGUGGGUGCUCAGGGAGACGCAGGUAAGUGGAUGCCACCCCAACCCCAACCCCAGGCUUCCAGGAGAGGGCCGAGGGCGGCUGGGACACUGUUUGAUAAGGAUUUCUUUCCUUUGGCUGUAUUCUGUUUUUGACACCCUGGCUAUUUUUAGGUGAAAUGUCUGAAAAGCUAAGAAGAUGCAGAAAGGAGCUGACGGCCGCCAUUGACCGUGCUUUCGAAGGCAUUAGCCAUUCUCAGGAGUGCCCGAGUCAGCAAAAACCAGACUUGGACACAUCGCCUUCUUCCUUCACUAUUCAGAUGAAUAAACUUCUUUGCAGGAGAUAUCCUUCGGCCACGUCCUACGUGGGUCAGUUUGCGCCCGUUUCCUGCGCUCCUGAAAAUGAGAACCCUGUCUUUGUGCCAAACCAUAUCCCAGUAAAUGUGAAGCCACAUACUUUAUGCCCAAAAAGAAAGCCUUUGACCAGCAAGGAAAAUGUGUUAAUACAUUCCUCGAUUUUCGUACCUGAAAGGCAGUUUCUGAGAGCCACUGGAGACGGGGAAAGUUGGAGAAAAGAAAGCUUAAGGAAAGAUGUGGAUAGAUACCUGAAGGUGGAGGCCAACGUUCCUCUCAACAAUUCCAACCAAGAAAUCACCAAAGAUCUGCUCGACAUGAUCGACCAUACAAGCAUUCGAACUAUUGAAGAAUUGGCUGGAAAGCUAGAAUUUGAAAAUGAGUUAAACCGUGUUUGCAGUCGCUCUGAAGAUUCCCCCUUUAAAGAGGAAGUCCUGGCCCUCUUCAUGGACGAGAGCCCACACAAGGCCACGGAAGCGGAAGCAAGCUGCCUAAAGCCAACUUUUGAUGACCAGAAUAUCAUAGAAACCGUCCUGGAUUUGGAAGAGGACUAUAAUUUGAUGACCUCUUUUAAAUACCAUAUUAAGUAAGAAGAGUUCAUUUUAGCUUUAGUUUUUUCCCUUGAUUUUGGUAGUACUCAGUACUACGGGGAAGGCCGGGGCUCAGGAGUGCCCCCGGGCCUCUGCCAGGCAGCUCUGCCGCCGAGUCCCCGAGCCUUUUCUUCCCCAGACCUUGCCAUCCCCGCCCUUCUGCCCCCAGGUUCAGUUUUUAUAUUUCUUUUUCAGUAGUAUUUUUCUUACUCUUGGUUUUGGUUUCUUCAGCCCCUUCCAUCUGUUUCCUAAUUGAUUAUAAAUCGAGCCAGUGCCCAGGGGGCUGAGAGCCAGCGGCCUCCCAGCUUCCUGCCUCCCCAGCAAGCCUGCGCCCAUUUAGGCCCAGAGCAUUUGGCGCAGGAUGAGGCUUGAGAGCCCCUGUGAGGCCCGGCCUUCCUCUGACAGGAGGCUCCGCUGUGGGCCAAGGAGCCCAGCCUGGCCGUGUGUCUGCCUCUCUGGGCCUAGAGACAAGGGCCCAGAGAUCUCAGAACAGGACCCGCGCGGUGUGGUGAGCACCGUGGACGUCCCUCGUCCCUGCGGCUGAGUUUUUUCCUGGCCCCCCCUCAUAGCACCGAGAGCCAGGAGGAAUGGCCCCCCGAGAAAGGUGGAGUGACUUGCCCCAGGUCACAGAGGUACCGCCAGGGCCUGACCCUGAGCCCAGUUUCCUCCUUUGUUCCAUCCUCCUUCCUAGGCUUCCGCCUUCCCCCGCAGGGCUUCCCUCAGUGCCCAAACUCCCACCAGGCCGUCCCUCCGUGUGCAAAAGGAGACAGCCUUUAAGAAUAAAAGGAUU